UAACCUUAGUUUUGUUGGACUAUUCUUGGGUGUCUCCGUUACCAGGUUAUAGGUGCCUCUGACAGUUUCCCGUCGAAGGCUCCGAGGAAGGGGAUCCUCAAAGAUCAUUGCAGAAAUCUUUUUCUGGGAUAGUCACCAUGUGAAAUGUCCUGGGGGGAAGUAAGUAAACAAUAAUGUGGCUCUGGGCACUCCUUCCAAUCUGCUUGGCGGUGUUUGGCACUGUGGGAAUAUGGGUGGUGUUCGGUAUCGCUGUAUCAAAUGAGACUGUUAAUAUCACAGCGAGAUUCCCCUACAUCAGUGAAUGUGGCACCUAUGAUCCACAGAGCUGUAUAUUUUCCCAGGUCUGCAACAUCUGUGCUGUCUUGAUCCUGUGGGUUGUGGUGAUCCGGUUUCAGCAGGUCAGGGACUAUGGUCAGAACAGCAAGGUGAACAUCGCCAGUAUCGUACUGGGCUUCAUCUCAUCUCUGGGCAUCUCCAUCCUCGGCAGCUUUCGGCAAUCUGUGUUGUUUGGCAUCCAUGUGUUCGGGGCUUUUCUGGCCUUCUUUGUGGGCCUGGCCUACUUCUGGUUGCAGGUGUGGCUCACCUAUAAAGUCCAGCCCUCUAAAGACCGUCGCUGGAUGGGGCCUCUCAGAGCUGCCCUCUGUAGCAUCUGCACCAUCUUGGUCAUCACCAUGGCCAUAGGUCUACUCUUUGAUACUGGCUACCGCUCAAUGGCGUCCAUUUCUGAGUGGGCUCUGGUCAUGUGCUUCUUUGUCCUAUUUGGCCUCUUUGCAUCCGAGUUCCGUCACAUCGACCAUCACCAGCUCACGGUGCUGAACCAAGGCCUCAGCAAGACCCAGAGCAUCAACAGUGGUGGGAUCGUAAUGUACAAUAGUACAGCCAACAGAACAGUAAUGUAAUAAUUACAUAACAUUUGAACAUUCAGCUCUGACUGAUGAAGCUCCACUUAAGUGUACAUAUUUGAAACCUAUUGUUGAAUAAAAUGCUACUCUUUUUCUUUAAUAAAAUACUACGGUCUUUGAUGCGGCA